AUGAGGCUUCCAACCUUCCUACUCCUGGCCUUGGCCCCGUUGCCUCUCUUGGCCGAACUCAAUGCCUACGAGAUUCUCAUGUUUUUCGACAUGUACCGCUCCGACUAUGACCAGAGCGGAUCCGACUGCAAGAUCGCCAAGGCUUGCAAAGACUGCAACUUUGAAGAAUUUGUCCUUCACAUCGACCGUCUGAAGACUCUCACCGGUGUCAGUGGCCGUAUUUCGGACAUGAUGAAUCCGGACAUCGGUGAGAUCGAGGGAUGGGGAGAAAGAGACGAUCUUGUUUACGACGCCAAGAAGCUUCUCGGAGGUCUCUGGCGCGACGAAGACGACGAUGCGAGACCGGGACAUCCCACUGUCAUUGAGCGUCUGGUUGACAGAAUGACGGUGCUUCGGGAGACGGCAGAGCCCAGCCGACUGGGAAAGAUCACGACGGCCAUGGAGUAUGCCCACUACAGCCGGCGCAGAGCUCAGGCGGACGACAUGGUCACGUUUGUCAAUGGCCGUCUCUCGAGCAAGAGACUGGGGACAUCCAAGACGCAGACCAUCUCUUUCCUCGGCGGCCAGUUCGAUGAGUUUGACUCUCAAGCCACGAUCGAGUCUGUCCAGAAGACCAAGAGAGGGGCCAUGCGCGACGAGAUUGUAGCCAUUGCAAGGGACAUCAACAGCGGCUCGGUUUCUUCCACCUCCAAGAGGGAUCUCAGAGGGCUGAGCCAUCUUUCCAAGCGGGAUUUUGGAGAGGGCAUGGCUGUCAUGUCCCUGCAGCGAGGUCUGGACACAUUGAGGAUGCCUGCUAGGAAGAAGUGUUAA